GUGUGUGCAAAGGACUUAACUUGGGAUUAUUCAGCACAAGUGGUAAUAGUUUUGGUUGCUUGUGCAAUAAUUGGGCUUCUUGCAUUAUUCAGCCCAAGAUAUCCACUUUGGACAAGCCUCUUGGCAUUUUCUCUUUAUCCUUCUUGUGUCAUGCUCUUUUACUCUCUUCAAUAAACUAUUUGAGAUAAACCUCUAGUGUCCAUUCAAACUAUAGCUAGAAGUUGUUACGAUAAACUUCAACAUCACAGGGAUCCUAUUAUCCCUUGAACUCAAUUUAAGCAUAUUUUCGUCACCCUUUUGUGCUAACAUGGCACCUUUAUUACAUAAAAUGGGGUCCAUAUCAAAGUUGCUACGUCAGUUAAAAAGAGUGACAAAAGGUGUCACUUUAGCUAAAAAGGUUGACAAAAAUAUGUUAAAAUUUAGUCCAACGGGGUAAUAGAACCCCGUGAAGUUGGAGUGUCCCAUAGUAAAUUUGGUCAUAGUUUAGGGAAUACUAGAUGCUUUACUCAAACUAUUUUUUUUUUUUGGUUGGGACUAUUAUAUCGAGAGCCCUUUUGUGUUAGUUGAUUGUAAAUAGUGGAUAAGCUCGUAGUGUUGAAAUAGAAUUUAUAAGUAAGCAGUUACGCAUUUGAAUAAAAGUAUUGAGUUGAUAAGCAGUUGAUGUGUUCGCUUAAAAAAAAAGGUUGAUAAGCAAUUGAUAUGUGUUGUGCUUAAAAUGUUAGUUCAUCUUCGUUCGAUAAUAAUUCUUGUAAUGUUUGCUGUUAAAUUUACAGGAUUAAGUAGUUAAGUUGCAGAGUAGUUACUGCACUGUUACAUUAGUGUUGUUACUGUUUCAUUGAGUUGAUCGCUGAGAGUUGAUAUUGUUACAUGUGGUCAGUCACAACAUAUUGAGUUAGUUUUUUAGGAAUAUUAGAAGCUUCUAGAGCACAAUGUGAUUGUCUAUAAAUACUCAACUAUAAUACAUUGUAAUCAAUCAACUCAUUUUCAAUACAACAAAAGCAAUAGCAGUUUCAUU